AUGGCGGUGGAAGUCGGAGGCGGCGGUUUAUCGGAGCUGUACUCCAACUCGAAGCGUCUUUCUCUGAAGGUCAGUGAUGAUUUGGAGAGGCUCGAGCGCCUCGAAUUCACCUCGUCGUCAUCGUCCUCGCUGUCCUCGUCAACCGCCGCCGUCGAGGGGUCUUUCGAUGAACGAGCGACUUCAAUUCGGAGAGACUUGAAUCGGAUCCAGUCGCUCUGUGCCGAUAUGGAUCGGUUAUGGCGGUCCAUAGCCUCCAAGCCUCAGCGCGAUCUCUGGAAAAGGAAAGUGGAACAAGUCAGUGAGGAGGCUGAGUCAUUCAGAGCUAGUCUGGAUAAAUACCAGGCGAGGCGUCAAAAGCGGAUACAAGAAGCCCAAGAGAGAGCAGAAUUACUUGGAAGAGCUAGUGGAGAUUCACAUGUUCUGAAGAUUUUUGAUGAGGAGGCACAAGCAAUGGAAUCAGUUCGCAGAUCAUCCAGAGUGUUAGAGGAUACUUUCGCGACUGGAGUUGCCAUUCUUUCCAAGUAUAGUGAGCAAAGGGAUCACUUGAAGAGAGCUCAAAGGAAAGCACUGGAUGUUCUCAACACUUUAGGGCUGUCAAAUUCCCUGCUGAGGCUCAUCGAGAGGAGAAACCGUGCCGACAAAUGGAUCAAAUAUGCAGGCAUGUUUGUAACAGUCGUGGUCCUCAUCAUGUUUUGGAGGUGGACAAGGUGA